CUCGCCCAGCGGAGGGUGUGGGUGACUCGAGUGCCAGGAGAGCUUUGAAUAACGCAGAGAGGGGGAGAAAUAUAAGGAAUAGGCAGAAGCAGUGAUCAGUCUUCCCGCAGCAAAGAAGACAGAGGAAUAACCAUGCCUGAGCCUGCAGCUAACCCGGAGGGGGAGGAGCUACCCCCCGCUGAUGGAGCAGAUUCAGAAGCUGAUGGGGAUGAGCCUGGUUCCACCGAGCUCACUGGGCUUUUCGUGGAGAAGCCACCAGACAAUGUGGUUGCUGUGAUAGGAACCGACGUCACAUUUAUUGCCAAGGUUGACUCCACCACCCUCACAAGGAAACCCACUAUGAAGUGGUUGAAGGGCAAGUGGAUGGAUCUCGGCAGCAAGGCCGGAAAACACAUGCAGUUCAAAGAGACCUAUGACAGAAAUACUAAGAUCUACACUUACGAAAUGAAAAUCAUCAAAGUGGUCGCCGGAGACGCCGGUGGCUACAGGUGUGAGGUGACGGCCAAAGACAAGUGUGACAGCUCCACCUUUGACAUCUCUGUCGAGGCCGCCCAGCAGGAGGAGCAGGCUGAUAUUUUGUCUGCCUUCAAGAGAGCGGAUGCUGGCGAGGAUGAAGGAGACUUGGAUUUCAGUGCACUGCUUAAAGCAACAAAGAAGAGAAAGAAACCGGAAAAGGAGGAAGUUGAAAUCGAUGUAUGGGAACUGCUUAAGAGUGCCCAUCCCAGCGAGUAUGAGAAAAUCGCUUUUAAGUAUGGCAUCACCGACCUGAGGGGCAUGCUGAAACGUCUGAAAAAGAUGACAGUGGAGCCGAAGCAUACAGAAGCCUUCCUGAACAAGCUUGACUCCUGCUACACCGUCGACAAGGGCAAGAAGAUUGUUCUGAAGUGCGAGGUGGUCGAUCCCAACGUGCAGGUUAAAUGGUUGAAGAACGGCCAAGAGAUCAAGCCCUCGGCAAAGUACGUGAUGGAGGCAAAUGGAAACAUCCGAACGCUCACCAUCAAUAAAACCAACCUGUCUGAUGAUGCGGCGUACGAGUGUGUGGUUGGAGAGGACAAGUGUUUCACAGAGGUGUUUGUCAAAGAGCCUCCUGUUACCAUCACCAAGCUGAUGGACGACUACCACGUGGUGGUGGGAGAGAGAGUGGAGUUUGAGAUCGAGGUGUCUGAGGAGGGAGCCCAUGUGAUGUGGUUCUUUGAAGACCAAGAGCUCAGCAAGGACAAAGAUUCCUCCAAAUUCCGCUUCAAGAAGGAUGGAAGGAAGCACACAUUCAUCAUUUUGGAGGCCACGCUUGAGGACAUUGGAAUGUACCACGCGUGGACUAAUGGGGGUCACACCAAGGGAGAGCUGGAAGUGGAAGAGAAGGAACUGGAGGUGCUGCAGGACAUCGCUGAUCUGACAGUCAAGGCCACAGACCAGGCGGUGUUCAAAUGUGAAGUGUCUGAUGAUAAGGUCACAGGAAAGUGGUUCAAAGAUGGAGUGGAGGUCCUGCCUAGUGACCGCAUUAAGAUGACUCACAUCGGGAGGUUUCACCGCCUGAUUAUUGAUGAUGUGAAGCCAGAGGACGCUGGAGACUACACAUUUGUUCCUGAUGGAUACGCUCUGUCACUUUCUGCCAAACUUAACUUCUUGGAAAUUAAGAUUGACUACGUGCCAAGACAAGAUCCUCCAAAGAUCCACCUGGACACCACCGGAAACAUGGUUUCCCAAAAUACUAUCAUUGUAGUGGCAGGCAACAAGCUGCGACUGGACGUGGAGAUCACAGGAGAACCUGCACCAACCGUUGUAUGGUCCAAAGGUGAACAGCCAGUCACUGAGUCGAGUGGACGCGUACGCGUGGAGGCGAGGAAGGACCUGAGUUGCUUCGUCAUAGAGGGGGCGGAGAGAGAAGAUGAGGGGAACUACAGCAUCGUUGUCACCAACCCUGCAGGAGAGGACAAGGCCAUGCUGUUUGUGAAGAUCGUUGAUGUGCCAGACCCUCCGGAGCACGUGAAGUGCACCGCAGUGGGAGAGGACUGUGCCACCAUCAUCUGGGAUGCCCCCAAAUUUGACGGCGGUGCACCAAUCAAAGGUUACCUCAUGGAGAGGAAGAAGAAAGGCUCAUCCAGAUGGACGAAGCUCAACUUUGACGUUUAUGAAUCGACGACAUACGAGGCAAAGAGGAUGAUUGAAGGUGUUCUGUAUGAGAUGAGAGUGUUUGCUGUCAACAGCAUCGGCCUGUCGCAGCCCAGCCUCAACUCCAAACCCUUCAUGCCCAUCGCGCCGACCAGCGAGCCAACCCGCCUGACGGUGCAUGAUGUGACAGACAGCACAUGCAGUCUGAGGUGGCUCGCCCCGGAGAAAAUAGGAGCCGGUGGACUGGACGGUUACACCAUUGAAUAUUGCAAGGAAGGAGACACGGAGUGGGUGGUUGCAAACCAGGAACUAUGCGAGAAGCAAGGCUUUGUGGUGCGUAACCUCCCUGUGGGGGAGAAGAUCAACUUCAGGGUUUUUGCAGUGAACAUCGCUGGACUCAGUCCCCCCGCCACACUGGCGCAGCCUGUCACCAUCCGAGAGAUCAUGGAGCAUCCUAAAAUCCGCCUUCCGCGUGACUUGAGAACCAAGUACAUCAGGAGAGUGGGAGAGAAGAUCAACCUGACCAUCCCCUUCCAGGGUAAACCCCGUCCUGUUGCAACAUGGUAUAAGGACGGCCAACCCAUUGACCCCAAGAUGGUCAACGUGCGCAACUCCAACGUGGACAGCAUUCUUUUCAUCCGCUCUGCAGAGAGAGAACACUCCGGAACAUAUGAGCUUGUUCUCCAAAUUGAGAACAUGGAGGACAGGGCCUCUAUUCAGAUCAGAAUUGUCGACAAGCCUGGGCCUCCUCAGAAAGUCAGGGUGACAGAGGUGUGGGGCUUCAAUGCUGCACUGGAGUGGGAACCACCCAAGGAUGACGGCAACACUGAAAUUACUGGUUACACCAUCCAGAAAGCCGACAUGAAGACAAAGGAGUGGUUCACUAUUUAUGAACACAACCGGCGGACAAACUGCACGGCGUCUGAUUUGAUCAUGGGCAACGAAUACAUGUUCCGAGUCCUCAGUGAAAACUUGUGUGGCCAGAGUGACGACGCCACCCUGAGCAAGAACACGGCUAAGAUCGCCAAGACAGGUCUGGUGUACAAGCCGCAACCCUUCAAAGAGAAAGACAUGAGCUGUAUGCCGAAGUUCACUCGUCCUCUGGUUGACAGAUCGGUGGUGGCUGGUUACAGCACGGCCAUCAGCUGCGCUGUCAGAGGUUACCCCAAGCCCAAGAUCAUCUGGAUGAAGAACAAGAUGAUCAUUGGUGAAGAUCCCAAGUACUUGAUGCAAAACAACCAAGGCGUCCUGACUCUCAACAUCAGGAAGCCGAGCACCUUCGAUGGUGGCAAAUAUUCCUGCAUGGCUGUGAACGAGCUCGGCCAGGAUGAGGUGGAGUGCAAGCUGGAUAUCCAUCUCCCCGUCGAUCCAAACAAGGAGGAGAAGUGAGAAACACGACAGCAAAGAAGCUGGAACUUUCACUCCAGACAACCAGUUAGUGUUCUGUGCUGACAGUCAUGAGUGAAUCAAAUAAAGAUCAAUCGCUGCUGUAAAUAAAUUGGUUUA